UCGGGCGUCGGAGGGGCUGAGCCCGGCUAGACAUGUUCAAGGGUUACGGAGCAGGAAGGCCACCUCCUCCCGCAGCUCCGCGGCCAAGUUUAUUUCCCGCCUUGCCCUCCGCAGUCCGCCCGGGAUCUCAGCAGCAGAAAUUCCAGCCGGAUCUGGCAGCCGGGAGCAGCAACACAGCCGCCACCUUCGUGCCCAACCUCAACGCCAUCACCACCAGCCACAGCCUGCAGUGGAUGGUGCAGCCUUCCCUGAUGGGCGCCUCUUCGGGAUUCCCUCCUUUUCCCCGGCCUUAUCGUUGCCCGCACUACACAGCCGGCAUCCGUCCUGGCGUGAUUCGCACCAUGGGCCCGGGCUCAGUGCCUCGGAGGCGUCACUCGGAGCAUCUCAGCCCAGAGGAGGAAGAGCGACGGCGUUUGCGGCGGGAACGGAACAAGCUGGCGGCCGCCAAAUGCCGCAAUCGGCGCAAAGAGCUGACCGACACGUUGCAAGCAGAAACGGAUCAAUUGGAAGCCGAGCAGUCGGGCCUCCGGAAGGAAAUUGCGGAACUGCAGAAGCAGAAAGAACGUCUGGAAUUAGUGCUGGAAGCCCACCGGCCCGUCUGCAAGAUCCUGGAAGAAUCGUCCGGAGAUGUGGAGGGGGGCCACAGCCGGCCAGCCGUCCCCUCCGAACUGCUGGACAAACAGGAGUCUCCUCCGGGCCCCCGGCGUGCCUCUCGCCGGACGGCCCCGGUGCCCCCCAGCAUCACGCUGCCCCCCAGCGGCCUGCUGGAGCCCGAAUCCCUGCACACCCCCACCCUCAUGUCCACCCCGUCUUUCACCCCGUUUACCCCCAGCCUGGUCUUCACCUACCCGGGGCCGGGGGACCCUGAUGGGCCCUCGGGGUCCGGCUUUCCCUCCGAGCCCUGCUCCUCCGCCCACCGAAGGAGCAGCAGCGGGGACCACUCCUCGGAUUCGCUCAAUUCUCCCACCUUGCUGGCGCUUUGAGGAACGAGCUGGAUUCGAAUCUUGUCCACAUUUUUUUUUUUUUUUAGGGGGAGUGUCAAGAGGGUUAACCACCCUUCCUGGCCCCUUUGGCCAUACCCGAUUCUCUUUGGCCUCGCUUUUUGAGAGCCCUGUAGUUACGGGCCUCCUGUGUCCCCGCCCAGACGCAGGCGUCAAGUUGCUAGUCCUCAAGAGCAGCCAGGAGCCUCUUUUCUUUGGUUCGGAAGACCGGCUGUCUGAAAAACCCGAAUUCCAACCAAUGUUAUGUUCUUUCGCGAAACACUAAAAUAUAUCUCUUACACAGGCCUCUGGUCCUUGCCCUUGUGUUGUUUAUAAGGCCCAAGUGGCUAGUCCUCAAGACUGACUGGUCAGUCUUUUUUUUUUUUUUUUUUUUUGGACACCCAGAAUCCUCUUUCUGGAAAAACGAGCAAGGCUUUUUGGGUCCUUCGAUCACGUUCAAGGAAAAGACAUCGCCAUUUUAAAGUCGUUUUUCACUUUAUAUCUGAUUUUUGAAACCAAGAGAAGAAAUUUAGGACAAAUAUAGAUUUAUUUUUCUACAAUGACUUACAGCCAGCGGGAUGAAGUGGGAUGCAUUUCUUUGUGGUCCAGAACUGAAGCUGGUUGGAUAUACUGUAUAUUAUUAUUAUAUAUAAACAUACAAGUGGUCUUAUUUUUCCUGAUGCCUCAUGAAAGUUGCAUUACAAGGGAUGUUUGGACACAGUUGUGAUGGUUUUGUGCAGUUUUCGACGCUGGUGGUCCUUGAUCACUUGAAGCUUGUGCAAAAAGGAUUUGAUACAAAUAUAUAUUGUCAUUUUUUUGCGUCUUCAAACGUCAUAGGAAUUAAUCUGAGUUUAGUGGGACAUUUAAAUAAAAAUGAAGUGAGCACAGCAAACUGUGACAUCGCAGAUUGGCGAGGGAUCAAUUCAUCUAUUUGUAUUCUGUUAUUUUUUUUGAAAAUGUAUGUUGAAUAAUAAGCUUAAGAAACCUGCAGGAUUCCACAGUGCUGGAGCCAAUCCCAGAUGUGUUGUUCUAGAUGGGCUGGAUAUUUUUUUUCCCCCCUUUUGGCUUAAUUUUUCUUGGAAAAUAAACCAAACAUUGCUGCUGGACCUCAUGAACUCUGUGAUUUGGCCAAGAAUACUAUCUAACCGUAGGACAAUUGUUUUGAGAAAGCUGGGAAAACAAACAGAAAGAUGUGAAGAUUCUCCAGAGAAUAGCCUUACGACGGCAAUCCAGGCCACAGGUAUUCCUCGCUUUACAACUGCAAUCCAAGCCGCAGGUAUUCCUCGCUUUACGACCGCAAUUGGGAUCAGAAUUUCCUCUGCUAAGCAAGGCAGUUGUUAAGUAUAUGAUUCUGAAACGCUGCAACCGUCAUCAAUACAUACCAAUUGCCAAGCGCCCGAAUUCAGAUUACAUGACUUACAAGGACAUUGCCGCGGUCGUAAAUGUGAGGACCGGUUCAUAAGUUAACUCUUUUCAGUGUGGUCGUUACUUCAAAGAAUUGCUGAGCGAAUUGUUGCAAAUCAAACACUGUCUACCUACCGCACUUUGCAAAGUCAGAUCAACGCUUUGCCUUUGCAGACUUCGCCUCAAACCUCAUGAGGACUAGCUGCCUGCAGAGCCAAGCGCCAUAAAUUUGUGAUACUUUAAGGCUAAACAAUACUGUAACCGCUCUUGGCCUUGCUUCCCGAAGCCGUAAAAGGAGAUUUUAACCUACCUUGGACUGGAGAACUAAAGAAGAAGAAAAAUGAAGAAUUUUGCUCAUUCGUCCGCCAGGGAAAUCAUCUUUUUCCAAGAAAAAUCACAGCCAGAAAUUAACACUUGAGUUGAAAAGUUUUAUUUACAGCCAGUGUUUAGUUCCAUCAUUGCCAAAAAAACACGUUUUCCAUUUCUUGUACUCCUUUUUUCGUGUGUGUGUGUGUGUGUGUGUGUGUGUGUUGGCAGCCCCCUUCUUUUUUUAAAAAAAAAAAAAUUGUGCAAGCAGCUUUGGGAGAAAAUGUUUAUUUGGAAAAACGGAGGAGUCUGAUUAAAAACAAAUACUAUUGCAGUGGGAUUUGUGUGGAUUUUGUGUGUGUGUGUGUGUGUGUGUGUGAGUGUUUUCAGCCCAGGACGAGCCGCAGUUCUGGGCAGGUGAUUAUAGAGAGUGGAUUUCUUUCAGGCCAGCCAAGGAAACCAAUUAAAUGGAUGGAUAAAAGCCAGGAAAACUUCACAGAAGUUUGUUUUUAUUGGCUCAGGGUUCCCCGUUUCUGGCCACGUUCACACAACCAGUUUCCCCGAGUCGGUAGAAAAUGUGAGUUAGUUCAGGUUUGAGGUGAGAAUCCCACCUGUCUGCAUAAUUUACAAUUUGUGUAUUAUUAUGCCAAGCCAGGAAAGGGGGAUUUUGAUCCCCGGGUCAAACAGGUUGUGUGAAUGCGGACUUUCACGGGUCAAGAAGGAAAACACACACACACAUACUUUCUGCUGCAUUUAAUCUGCCUCCGCUCUUUUUCCAAGUCAGAUUAACCGUUUUCAUUUUGAUCGAGCAACGUCAAGAGUCCCCAAGGCAGACCAAGGGAUCUCUCCAUCCGGUCACGUGGAUGGUCAAGGUUGCCCUUAUCAGAAACCAGGAUCCGGCCACCUGCUUCCUGGCUUACGAGAUCUUUUGUCUCCAUCCCGGCUGGGCAGGAAGUGUCAGGAAGGCCGUUUUGUGCCCCCAUUCCGUUGUGAUUUUGCAAAUAGCCGACGCGCCUUGUGGUUCCUCCUCUUGCAAUCCUCCAGGGAUAGAUCAUACGCCGACCAGCAAAUCUGAAAGAUUUUGAACAAAUCAGGAUUGUUGUUGGGCUUCCCUUGGGGAGGUGUGUGUGAAAUUCUUGGGGUUGCCGGCUGUUUCCACCCACUCGUAACCCUCAACCCUAUUGUUGCGUUUGCUAAAUGGGGGGAUGCCCAAACUGAACCCUAUUUUGAUUUGUACGGGCUAAAUGAAGUUGGAAGGGACCCAAGACAUGUGGACUUUAUAAAGCAGUCCUAACACUUCACGCGAUCUUGAUUUUAUCCCUCUGUUAAUGCAGCCUAGAAUUGUGUUGGCUUUUUUGGCAGCUGCAGCACACGGCUGGCUCAUCUUUAGGUGAUUGUCUACUAAGACUCCAAGAUCCCUCUCAACAGUUGCUACUAUUGAGCAAGGUACCACCUAUACCAGAGGUCCCUAGCGUUUUGGGCAUCGGGGACCCGUUCCGUGGAGAGAGGUUUUUCCACAGACCAGAAGGUGCGUGGUUUUGUGUGCUGCCUGCAUCCCACAGAUGGGGCUUUGCUCGUUUGUGGGGACCGAAUGCUGGCAUGCCACAGCCCUGACCUACACCAUCCUUGUGCAUUUGGUUUUUCUUGUCUAAAUGCUACUCGGGAACCAUCCCCAUAUCUCCAUCCGGGGGAAUAACGCAAACCCACCCAUGCAGAAAUUCUCCACCAAAGUUGCUGUUUUUUGUUUUUUUUAAAGAUAUUUAUUAACAUUCUCACUUUCAAGAGGAAGAAUCCGACCUCCGCUUUUCCAAAGAGGCCCCUUUGCCUUUGUCCAGGCGUUAUCAAUUCAGCCAGAUGUUGUUUCCUCUUUUUUAAAAAAAAAAUCCUGCCACCCAGCUUCGCUCAGGGCUGACUGAAAAAAAAAAAAAAAAAA